AUGAUGCCUUUUACUUCUGCGCCAAAUGAGGACGUUAAGAAGGCUACUACCUACAUACAGCACCAUCGACAUCUGAUCAAACAGUGGGGGAGUGGGGAGUGUCUUGAAAGCAGACCAAGCACGAACGACAAGUAUUCGUCGAGACAAGUUGCAGAGUAG